CGAUCAUUUAUUUUCUUAAUAUAAUGACACGCAGCUCUCCUACACGUUCGAGAAAAAAUGGCAUGUUCUGGUCUCAUGGAUGUGUUAGCAUUGUAUCCCAGAAGAUUACUGCCAUUCCAUCAGCAGUUGCUAGCAUUUUUCUUGCAGCUUACACAGCAUAAAUUAGCUCCUGUAGGCUGUAGUUGUCCAAAAUAUUCUUCUGCUGCCAGACCUGUGUCUGAACAGCAUUUAUAGACAAGUUUGGUGAUUGAUUGAUUGAAGAUGCCCCUUCUUAUAUCAAUAUUCCAAAGCAUGUACCACUGAAUUGACAUUAUUUUCUUGUUGCAGCGUGCAGUCAUUUCUUCCUCUAUUCCUCAUGUCGGCAGAUUCUUAAGCUGUCCCUUGCUGUCCUUUCUGAGUAGAAGUAAGAUGACUCAUUUCUUUUCCCCUUUUUUGGUGAAUAGGCUCUGAAGAGUUUGGUGGAUUAAGAAACUAUAGUUCUUAUCCCUUCUUUGCAUCAUGUUACGGAAUAACCAGUCUACUUACACAAUGAGUAGGACAUGCGGUUGUUCUUUUAGCAAACAGGCAAGAGAGCUGCACAUCUUUGCAUUAAGAAGGAUAAAACGAGUCGGUUGUAAAGUCCCUGAGAACUACAGAUUCGAGGAAGGUGAUGUAUUGUAUGGUUGAUAUGUGACCCUGUCUGCUCUCAUCCUCACUUUUGCUGUCAGACAUAAGUGUAUACACAUGGUAGAAGAAGAUCAUAUUGUUGAGUUCUUGCCUGCUGGUAGCUGACCUUGGCAAAACUCAGUGUCACAAGACCACCAGUCUCAAUGAUCUUGGAUGCUGAAUGCUUGAAUGUUUCAGCUUUUUUUGAUAAAUUGGAUGCAACAGAAACAUCAUGGUGUGCACAAUGCCAUUAUAUUGGUCCAAACAGAUACAUUAGACAUGCAACUUGCAGAGGACACAGGCAGGUCAGAUUGUUCCUCCUGGUUUGAUCUGUUAUAGUGCACCACCGAUGAUGAGGUUGUUGAUGAAAUCGUUUCGUAAGAUGGCAAUGAAGGCGACACACAUAUAUACUUUUUCCCCUGUGGGAAAUGGUCGCAGCAAAAGCUUCGGAAACACCAGAUGAGCUGCAGCUUCUAUAUUCAGAGACAAUCACACCUUUGGUUCCUGUGACAGCAUUUGCAAUCGAAUUGUCGUGUUUAACUAGGAAAUUGUGAUAUUCUACCUGCAAGAAUUGGGCAUUGUUCAUUUAAGUUCAGAGUUAAUUAAUUAAGAUCAUAUCAAGCCUUUGUACCAUAUCAGAAUAUUGAAGCACAAGAAUCAACUUGGUCACAGAUUCUGACACAGUUACGUCUGAGUGAACCUGAUCAACAACUCUAUUUGUAGUACAACAUGAUGCUGCAGUACAUAAAAAUUGCACAGUUUACUAUAGGUCGGAUUGAGACUCUUGCUUCCAGAUCACAUUAAAUUAACCAAGUCGCGAUUACUAUCUCCAUCAGCAAAUAGAAAAGGUUGAAAAGCACAAGACAAUUUUUUAGAAAAGAUGGAACUCAGUUAUAAAUAUAUGCAGGCAGACACCCAUUGCAGUUGCAAGGGAGCUGUCACGAUCCUUUUGUCUGAUGCUUGUCUGUGGAGUUUGGUGGCUCACAACAUAUAUACAAUGCAAUAGAAGCUUAUUGAUAGCCUUGUUGUACAGAUCUUAAUCUGGUGUCAGCUGCAGCUGAUAGUAAAUUCAUCGAUGGGGAGGAAGCCGUGCUGUGACAAGCAGGGGGUGAAGCGGGGGCCUUGGACAGCAGAGGAGGACAAGAAGCUCAUAAGCUUCAUCCUGACGCACGGUCGGUGCUGCUGGCGGGCUGUGCCAAAGCUGGCGGGGCUGCUGCGCUGCGGCAAGAGCUGCCGGCUGCGGUGGACCAACUAUCUCCGCCCUGACCUCAAGCGCGGCCUCCUCACCGCAGCGGAGGAGGAGCUCAUCAUCGAUCUCCACGCCAAGCUUGGUAAUAGAUGGUCCAAGAUUGCUGCCAAGUUACCUGGGCGAACAGACAACGAGAUUAAGAACCACUGGAACACUCACAUCAGGAAGAAACUCGUCAAGAUGGGCAUCGACCCUGCCACGCACCAGCCUCUGGCCAACACCAAGGCAGCUACAACCGGAUCAGCUAAAUCCAGCGACACCGGAGACGAGCAGAACUUGAAGGAAGGCAGCCCUGGGGACAUGGCAAUGCCCACUGACUCGUCGGAGCAAUCCAGCGGGCCAGAUCCAAGCACCAACGCCAGUGACCAAGACCAGGAUCUGCUGGUGAAUUGGCUGUUGGAGGCGGAGGAGCCAUGGCUAAAUUUUACAAGCGGCAAUGAUGAUGGGCUCAGCAUUGUCUCGGCGCCUUUGCCAUGGGAUGAUGCAACAGACUGGCUGCUUGACUACCAAGAUUUUGGCAUGGACAGCUCGAACUUGAUCAACAAUUCAACGGUUCACAGCUCAAAUGGAUCAAACCUCUAAAGAUCGGAGACAUACAAACUGCGGGUGUGCGUGCACUGCCCUGCUCCCAGUAUAGACAAUAGAUACAUACAUGAAUAAGAUUGUGGUAAGAGAUAGGCAUGAGGCAUAUUUAGACCGUAGAAUAGUGAUAGCUUACCCUUAAAAGCAAGGGUUUUGUGUUCAUAGAACCCUAAGUUUCUCAGCAUGGCAAGUGGUAGAACUACAAGUCUACAACCCUCUGCUGUAAACAUGCAUUACAUCCUUUGUACACAAAUGUAUGCUUCUAUAUAAAAAAAGUUACAGAA